GUGUCUUUCAGAGCUGCCUCUUCGCUUGUCUCAUCUCCCCCUGACAGGAAGCUGGAACCUGCCUUCAGGGGCUUGAUGGUAUCUCGCUCGUCUGGGAUCCCGAAAGGCCGCAGGAUGGAUGGAGAAGAUAGUUGCCCUGGCCCUGGCCCUGGCCCUGGCCCUGGAGAGGCGCGGUACAGGUGUGACGUGUGCGGGAAGCAGUUUGCCUACACCUCCUCACUGUCCAGACACAAGAGCAGCCACACCGCUGGCACCUGGUUUGAGUGUGAGGACUGUGGCAAGGGCUUUGUCUACCUGGCCAAGCUCAACACGCACCGGCGUACCCAUGACAAGGCCCGCCUGUACGCCUGUGCCGACUGUGGGAAAGGGUACCUGCACCCCUCAGUGCUGGAGGCUCACCGACGCUCCCACACUGGAGAGCGGCCCUUUACCUGCCCGGUGUGUGGUAAAGGCUUUGCCCAGUCCUCCGCCCUGUGCUCCCACCGGCGGGUACACAGCGAGGAGCGCCCCUUUGGCUGUGGUGAGUGUGGGAAGAGGUUUAAGAGUGCGCAGUGUCUGAUGAAGCACCAGCGGUUACACACUGGCGAGAGGCCGUUCGGCUGCCGACUCUGUCUGAAGCGUUUUGUGAGUGCCGGGGGGCUGCUGACCCACCAGCGGGUCCACACUGGCGAGCGCCCCUUCACCUGCUCGCUCUGCAGCAAGAGCUUCGCCCACGCCUUCAGCCUGCGCACCCACCAGCGGGUCCACACUGGCGAGCGCCCCUUCACCUGCUCCCUGUGUGGCAAGGGCUUCACCCAGUCGUUCAGCCUGCGCACCCACCAGCGGGUCCAUACUGGGGAGCGCCCCUUCACCUGCCUGGAGUGCGGUAAGGGUUUCACCUACUCCUCCAGCCUGCUGGGGCACCGGCGGGUCCACACAGGUGAGCGCCCCUUCACCUGCCCACACUGUGGAAAGGGCUUCACCUACCUGUCUAACCUGCAAGCCCAUCGCCGGCUCCACUCCGGGGAUAAGCCACUGGCACCUCCUGCCCCACUCCCUCCCACAGCUGGUCUCGCUCCGCCCCCCCACGACCUGCCAACGUCUCGCCCGAUUGGUUGGAGGACCGAGUCGGUCCUCCGAGCUCCGCCGUCACCCCAUUGGCCGGGGCGCUCCCGUCAACCGGCGGAACGUCCCGCCCGCCGCCGCGGCCGCCGACGGGUGGGCUCCGUCUCGGCUCCAGGGGAUCCGGUGAUGGAUGGUCCGGGGCGGACGGCAAGCCUGGAGCACAAGCGGAGUGGGGCGGAGCCCAAGGAGCCGGGAGACAGGCUGGACGUGCCGGGAGGAAGAGGGAGCGUCGCCGCCAGCCGAGAAGGGGGAGGGGUUGGUGCCGAGGGGGCGGGCAAGGCCUAUGUCUGCCCACUGUGCGGCCGCGGCUUCACCCAGUCGUCCAACCUGUCGCGGCACAAGAGAAGCCACAGCGCCGAGCGGCCGUGCACCUGCGAGGUGUGUGGCAAGGGCUUCUUGUACCCCUCGCAGCUGAAGACCCACAUGCUGGGCCACAGCGGCGAGAAGCCACACUCCUGCCCCCACUGCGGCAAGGCCUUCUCCCGCAUGUCGGGCCUGCUGACCCACCAGUGGGUGCACACGGGCGAGCGACCCUACGUCUGCCCGGUCUGCGGCAAUGGCUUCACCGACCCGUCCAGCCUCAGCGUUCACCGGCGGGGUCACACCGGUGAGCGGCCCUACGUCUGUGCCGACUGCGGCAAGGCCUUUGCCCACUCCUCCACCCUCCUGGCCCACCAGCGGGUGCACACGGGCGAGCGGCCAUACGUCUGCCCGGACUGCGGCAAGGCCUUCACCCAGUCCUCGGUGCUGGUCGCUCACCGGCGCCUGCACACGGACGAGCGGCCCUACGUGUGCGCCAUGUGCGGCCGGGCCUUCGCCCAGUCCUCCUCGCUGCUCACCCACCAGCGGGUGCACACCGACGAGCGCCCCUUCGCCUGCCCGGUGUGCGGGAAGCGCUUCCGUUGGCUCUGCAACCUCCAUACCCACCGGCGUACCCACACCGGCGAGCGCCCCUUCGCCUGCCCGCUGUGCGGCAAGCGCUUUGUGGACUCCGGUAACCUGCAGGCCCACCGGCGGCUACACGCGGGCGCCAAGGACUUCUCCUGCACCGUGUGCGGCAAGGCCUUUGUCCAGCAGGCCGCGCUGCUGGUCCACCACCGGGUACAUACCGGCGAGCGGCCCUAUGUCUGUGCCAUCUGUGGCCGCGGCUUCGCCCUCUCCUCCACCCUCGCCAUCCACCGGCGCCGCCACACUGGCGAGAGGCCCUUCGUUUGCUCCGUCUGCGGCAAGGGCUUCUCGCAGUCCUCCGCCCGCCUGAAACACCAGCGGGUACACCUCACCGAGGGAGCCGCCCGGGAACCAGCCUCGUGAACGCUCCCCGCCUUCCCCUCCCACACCCACUCUCUAACCGACAGCCUCCCGACGGCAGCCCGGGACCAAACCUGCGUCGCCAACACAAAGUCCGAGGAUGGGGAGAGAGCUCAGCUGGAUUGGGAAAUCCCAGAUGAGAAGGAAACAGAGUUGGAUCGUCAGAUCUCAGAGCAAAAUUCGGGUGUGCUUUGCUGAUGGAUUCCAGGCUGCUGUGUCUCCCAACCCCCUUUUCCUCCUUUCUCCCCGUAACUCACAUUCAUGUCUCUCUCUGUCUCUCACACUCAAUGACCUGCCCACCCCCACCACCAUUCCCACAGCCCUCAGGUCCCGGUCUCUCCCACUGUGGGGGGGUAACAUCUUCUCCAUGCCCACCCUCCCCUGGGUCAUCCCCUCACUGUGCCCUCGGGUCCCGGUCUCUCUUGCUGUGAAGGGGCAACACCUUCUCCACAUUCGCUCUCCCCAGGUCUCUCAGUAUUCUGUCUGUUUCAAGCCCUUCACCCCCAGGAUCCUUCCCGUAAACCUCUGGACACCUCCCCGAGGCCAGCACACCCUUCCUUAGAUACAGGGUCCGUAACUGCUGACAGUAUUCCAAGUGCAGUCUGCGCUGAGCGUUAAUCGGCCUCAGCAGGGCAUCCCUGAUCAUGUAUUCCUGCCCAUCUGCCUUCCUGGCUGCCCACUGAACCUGCACGUUAACCCGAGGAGAAUCCCGCACCAGGAUCGCUUCCCCCUCACUUCGGAAGGAGAGUCACGUUAGACUGGAAAGCUCGAUUCUUUCCAUGUUUCUCUCCCCCGUGGAUAAUGCAGAGUGUCCCCAGUGCUCUCUGAUCUCCAACACCCGCAAGUCUCUGCCUCACACUUCAGUGAGCUUACAUCCGGAUGUUUGAGUCGGAAAAGGGUUGAGGAUGAGGUGACCAGAAGUGAAAUUAUCCGAGAUGAGGGAAGCCCUUUAAAUUAGUUGGAACGUAUGAAGCAGUCAAGGGACUUGGGAAUGGGUGGGAGACUUGUCCAUGCAACACAGAAAGCCAGCACAUGGGCUACGACAGGCAGGUGAGUCCAGUGUUGGCCCUUAUUUCAAAGGGGGAUGGAGUGUCAGUGUCAGGAGAUCUCACUGCAACUGUACAAGGUGCUGGUGAGACCACAUGGUCAGCAGUUUUGGGCCCCUUAUUUCUUUAAGAAAAGAUGUCACUUUAUUCAGAGGCAGUUCAGAGAAGCUUCCCAGGAUGUUCCCUGGUCUGGAGGCAUUGUGUUCUGAGCACAGUUUGGCACCCUACUCUCGGGUAUUUGGGAGACUGGCAGGUGAUCUUAUUGAAACAUGUCGAGUUCUCACAGGGAUUGACAGGCUCGGUGUGGAGAGAAUAUUCCCCCUCAUGGGAGAGUCUAGGAAGAGAG